CUGUUGACAGCUGUCAUUCCGAAAAACAAAAUUGUUCGAAACAUAUCAAAGCGCUACCGGUGAGCUUAUAAAGAAAAUAAGUCUGCUUUUACCUGGAAUUGUGAUUGAAUACUACAAUCAUCAGUGAAAAAUGGCUUUCUGUCCUCUUUACUUGGAAUACGAGCGUCCCCGACGACCUCGUCAACUGGUAGAUCAACACUUCGGACUGGGGCUGACUCCUCAAGACUACCUGACCAUCAUCGCUUUGCCGCAGAACAAGGAAUACCACAGACCGUGGCGAAACCUCCAGGCGGCGGCCCGUGACGUCGGCUCAACUAUCAGGGAAGAAAAGGAUAAGUUUCAAGUCAAUUUGGACGUUCAACAUUUCGCACCCGAAGAGAUCUCGGUCAAGACUGUUGACGGUUACCUAGUCGUAGAAGCUAAGCACGAAGAAAAACAAGACGAGCAUGGAUAUAUUUCGAGAAGUUUCUGUAGAAGAUAUGCUCUCCCGGAAGGCAUUGAGGCUGAUGCAGUGAUCUCAAAAUUGUCGUCCGAUGGUGUGUUGACUAUCACUGCGCCUUUGAAAGCGCCUCCUAAAGCUUCUAACGAGAGAAUAGUGCCUAUUGUGCAGACGGGUCCAGUGAAGAAGCAAGUGGAAGGAACGGAGGAGCAGGGAUAAAUUAAAUUAGAAAAUUAGGACUUUAAAAUUUUGGUUGUACAUUCCUAUAUUGUGUACCAGUGCCAGGGUUGUGUUGAAGUGAAUAAAUGUUUUGUGUUGUACCUACUUUAA